AUGAAGCAAUGGAACGAUGACGAUGAAGCGAUGGUGAGGAAGAUGCUGAAAGAAGAGUUGAGUUGCUCAUUCUUCAACAUUAUACGACCGCCUCGUUUUCAACUGUCUGUGAUUUUGCAGUAUAUUUUGUUUUUGACUGUAAUAAUAUUUGUUCUUAACAACACGAGUACCUUACCACCCCCUCCCCCUCCAACAAUUGACUUUUAUUGUGAGAAGGAAUUUGGAUAUUCGAAUGUCUCUCUAGAUGAAAUUUUGUCAGGAAAAGCCAACUCUUUAAACAUUAAUAACUUUAAAUAUAUUUACAAUGCUAACAAAACAUGCAAAAGAUUUUCAACAACAAUAUUAUUAAUACUUGUGAAAUCAGCCGCUGGUAAUUUCAGAAAGAGGCGUUUUAUUAGAGAGACGUGGGGGAAAGAUGCUAAAAAGAGGGGAUUCAGAGUUUCUUUUCUCCUUGGGUACAGCGAUUCGGAUAAAGUAUUUGUGGAUUAUGAACACGAGUUUCACAAGGAUAUUAUUCAGCAGAAUUUCCAGGAAUCCUAUGCUAAUAAUACUUAUAAAAUUAUGAUGGCAUUUGACUGGAUAUUAAAUUACUGUAAACUAGCAAGAUAUAUACUCAUAGUGGAUGAUGAUAUGUAUGUGAAUAUUCUAAACACAAUCAAUUUCAUUUUACAAGCAGACGUGGAAAAGAAUAAAUAUCUUUAUAGUGGAUAUCUCAUCCCGAAACCCCUUCCAGAUCGAGUAUUUGAAAGUAAACAUUACAUAUCUGAAGAAGAAUAUCCAUUUCUAUGCUAUCCUCCAUAUAUUGCAGGUGCUAGCAUAUUUUUGAAUCAGUAUACAGUAGAAAACUUUUUUAACGUUAUGCCAUACAUUCCCUAUAUUCAAUUUGAUGAUGUUUUCAUCGGCUUUCUUGCUCAAAAGCUUCAUAUUAAUCCGUCGUCCAGUAAUGCUUUGAUUAAACUAGGAGAUAAUUCAUUUCAAGAUAAUAAAGCAAAUGAAAUUAGCUGUAUUAUAUCUCAGCAUGGAUAUGAGGUGGGAUAUAAGUUUCGGAUUGCAUACAACACCACACAUACGCAUGUUAAGACUUUAAAAUUGUUUGAAAGAGACAAUAAUGAUGGAUAUUUGAGAAUUUAG